ACUCCGAUCUAGCUGUACUCGGGACGAAGCCAUGCGGAGCUCCUCCCGUUUCCUCUUCCUCGGCCUCUUCGCCCUACCCCUCGUCGUCGUCCUCCUCCUCCUCAUCUCCUCCCGAUCCGAACCCUACAUCCUCCUCCCCACCUUCUCCCCAAACCCUAACCCUACCCCCCGAUCCCACCCCCGCCUCAAGGUCUUCGUCGCUGAUCUCCCCCGCUCCUUCAACUACGGCCUCCUCGACCUCUUCUGGUCCCUCUCCGCCCCCGACUCCCGCAUCGGCGCCAACCCCGACGCCGACCUCCGCUCCUCCACCAUGCGCCGCCGCGGCGCGCCGCUGCCGCCGCCGUACCCGGAGAACCCGCUGAUUAAGCAGUACAGCGCCGAGUAUUGGCUCUUGGGCGAUCUCGAGACGCCACGGGGGUCGCGGGGCGCGGCGGCGGCGUCGGUGGCGGAGAGGGUGUAUGAUGCGGCGGAGGCGGACGUGGUGUUCGUGCCGUUCUUCGCGACGCUGAGCGCCGAGAUGGAGCUCGGGUGGGGGAGGAAGGGGGGAUUCGGGAGGGAGGAGGGGAAUGGGGAUUAUAGGAGGCAGAGGGAGGUGGUCGAUCGGAUCACCGGCUCUGAUGCGUGGAGGAGAUCCGGUGGCCGGGAUCAUGUUUUCGUAUUGACCGACCCGGUCGCUAUGUGGCACGUUAGAAAAGAGAUUGCUCCAGCUAUUCUUCUAGUGGUUGAUUUUGGCGGGUGGUACAAACUCGAUUCAAAAGCAGCUAAUCAUAACUCUUCAAGUAUGAUACAGCACACUCAGGUGUCAUUGAUCAAGGAUGUGAUAGUACCUUACACCCAUUUGCUACCUAGAUUACCCCUCUCGGAGGAUCGGCCUCGUCAUAUUCUUCUCUACUUUAAAGGAGCUAAGCAUAGGCAUCGGGGUGGAUUGGUGCGAGAAAAGCUAUGGGAUUUGCUGGUUGACGAGCCAGGCGUCAUAAUAGAAGAAGGCUUUCCUAAUGCUACCGGCCGUGAACAGUCAAUUAAAGGCAUGAGAUCAACCGAAUUUUGUUUGCAUCCAGCGGGGGACACCCCCACAUCAUGCCGCCUCUUCGAUGCCAUAUUUAGUCUCUGUAUUCCAGUUGUUGUUAGUGAUAACAUUGAGCUCCCCUUCGAAGGAAUCAUAGACUACUCAGAGUUCUCACUUUUCGUGUCGGUUAACAAUGCUCUGCAACCAAAAUGGCUGGUGAACUACUUGAGGAGUAUCACCAAAGAACAGAAAGACAAGCUUCGUGCGAACAUGGCUCGUGUUCAGCCUGUAUUUGAGUACGAAAACGGCAGGCCUGGCGGCGUAGGGCCUAUUCCUCCAGAUGGAGCUGUGAACCACAUAUGGAAAAAGAUCCAUCAGAAGGUGCCCAUGAUUAAAGAAGCUAUUAUUCGUGAGAAGAGAAAACCGGAGGGUGUGUCGAUCCCGCUUCGUUGCCACUGCACGUAACCGACUUUACGAAUUUAGUACCCUAUUCUUUUUUGCCUUUCCUUUCUCAUACUUCAAUGGAAAAACUUCAAAACCCCCCCCCUGUGGUUUCGUGCAUUCUCACUUUGC